CGGCGCCGUUUAGGCUUUUCGUACAUGAAUAGUUGGCAAAGAAAAACCUAGCUUGCUGGGCAGAAACGUCUUCACAGACGGACUGUGAAAAGCAUGCGAGAGUUCUGCGUUAGACCCACCAAGACUUCUGUGAUUCACGAGCGACAACUCAGCUCUUUGAUGGUCCUGCUCCAUGGCCACACCUUGGUCCCACAUUAACGGUUUGCUCCACCAGCAGACUUGAAGCUGUCGACAUGCCAGUGGUAGAGCCAGUCUUCAACGCCUCCACCUUGCUGGAGAUAACCCUGACUGGUGCCGUGUCACGAGGUCAAGGCCAUGAUCCCACCGUGAACGCCAGCGACAACAGCAGCGACAGCGACAGCGACGCCUUCUACCCGCUGCUGAAGCAGUCGCCCUACAUGAUCCUCCUGUACUCGCUGGCCUACGGCCUGGUCUUCGUCUCGGCGCUGGUGGGCAACGUCAUGGUGAUGGUGGUGGUCGGGAGGAACCCCGCGCUGCACAGCGUCACCAACUACUUCCUCGUCAACCUGGCGGUGGCCGACAUCCUUGUCGCUCUCUUCUGUGUCCCGUCAACCUCGUCCUCAAUCUGUUUUCAGGAGGUCAGACGCCCGUCUGAGUACUCAGACUGUUGCACCCAACAUCACUGUCACCCGACUGUUGCAGGCUGGCAGCUGGGGGAGUUCAUGUGUAAAGCGGCUCCGUACCUGCAGGGCGUCUCCGUGUGUGCUUCCGUCAACACGCUGGCCACAAUCGCACUGGACAGGUAUUUUGCCAUCUGCCACACGAUGCACCUGAAGAUCAGCAAGCGCACCUGCAGGAUCAUCCUGUUCUUCAUCUGGUUGGCGGCGCUGGGCAUCAUGGUGCCCUGGCUCAUCUUCUACAACCACCUGCUGUUCCGCUCCAGUACGCAGCAGCUGUUCGUGUGUCACGAGGAGUGGCCGUCCUUCGCGCUGCACCGAGGCUACUACAUGGGCGUCAUCUUCGUGGCCUGCUACACCGUGCCCCUCGCCAUGAUCGUCGUCUGCUACGCCCUCAUCUGCAUCAAGGUGUGGCGGCGCCACGCGCUGGGAGCCUACAACAGCAGCACCAAGCUCAUCCACCGCUCCAAGGUGAAGGUAAUCAAGAUGCUGGCUGUGGUGUGCGCCCUCUUCGCCUUCUCCUGGAUGCCGCUGUACGCCCUGCAGUUCUGGCGCCUGACGGAGCCCACGGUGGCGGACGACACUCAGCGCGUGCUGAACGACAUCGUGGUGCCCUGGCACAGUGGCUGGGCUGCUCCAACUCCUGCAUGAAUCCCAUCAUCUACUGCUUCUUCAGCAAGAAGUUUAGCGGUGGCUUCCGCGACCUCAUGACCUGCUGCGCCUGUGGUGGCGGCGACGGAGACGAGUUGGGCAAGUCCGCUUCCAGGGCUCCACCGACAACACCACCACCAUCUACCGCGCCACCAGCUCGCCCAGGUUCAACGGCAAGAGUGGCAUCGCCAAUCUCUGACCGUCGUGUCAUGUGC